GAUCAAUUCAACUCAAUGGUAGUCAACAAUGCCAACUAAUGCCUUAACAACCUCCUGAACGUUUACUUUUUUUUUAUUGUAACUUCUAUCAUACAAACGAUGGCACGAGUGAUGAAUGGUUAACGCCUUACUGAAAUGCGAUGAUUGGAUUGGUCUGUUAUGCGUAACUUUUUUGUCAGGGUGCGUGAGAGGGAGGGAGGGAUCAUGGCGUUCAACUUCAUUUCCCAAGGCUUCACCAAUAUCCAACCCACCAACACCGAGCUAAAGUUACCGCACUCUCUUUUUCCCCCCUUCCCCCCUUCCUCAUCCUCUUCCCUUUUCUAUUCUUCUCGCUUCCUACAAAAUUUCGCCUCGGGAGGGUUUCGUGGGAAGGGAAGGACCUUUUUUAUUCAUUUUCAUUUUCGCUCGUUCAAUUUCCAGUAAUUACUUUUUUUACUCUCUUUGCCCUUCUGGCCAAUUCAUUUGCCCUUUCGCUCGUUCGAUUCCCAAUCCGCCAACGCAACCGCCGGGAGCACGAGAAAGAAGCUUAGAAGGGUUUAAACGGCUUCUCUCGCGUGCAGCCCAAGCCGCACGCCGCACCGCUAGCGGUAAUUGGAAUCCCCUUCAGCAUCAUACCAUUCCUAUUCUCCUUUCCCUUCUCCGUCCUUUCGAACCGACUCUUACCCCCCCCCCGUCGACAAUCCCGCCGCUCUGGUUUCCGCCGCCUUUCCGCACUCUCCCAUUCAUUCGCAGUGCCUGAAAACCUAGAACCUAGAAUCCAAAAUUAUCAUAACUUAUCUACAAUAUUAUACAGCUUACGGACGGCUCUUUUGUGCCUCCCAAAGUCCUCAAUUAUUUAUUCUGAUUUUCCUCUCGCUUGUGCUACAUUUGGUCUCUCCCCCCUCUAAACUUCCAUCCCCCCCGUCUCACUCCCCUUUCCCUUUCCCACAACUCUCCCCCCAUCUGUUUCCUUCGUCCUUUCUUUCCUGUUGUUUUCUCCUUCUUGUGCCUUGCCCAGUCCCCUGUCUUCACUCCCCCCCCCCCAGCCCUGCUGUUUUAGUUGUGCUCCAUUCGUUGGCGGCUGUCAACUAAUCGAAAAAAUCACCCCCAGCAACGCAGGGACGCUCAUUAAACUUCCUUUACAAUCUAUCUCGUCGUCUCUCAGCAACCAUCGCCUUUCUCUCCCUCUUCCCUUCCUUUUCCCCUUCCCGCCGACCAUCCUCGUCCCCGUCCGUCCGAUCGAUUUGCUUUCGACCGUGAUCCUCUCGGCCUUUCUCUUUUGUGUGUUCGCUUUUUCCUUUCCACCGCGGAAGUCGCCACUGAAAAAAAAAAAAAGGGUUUCUCGUGCACGAGGCUGCUUCUACGGGGUUAGAUUCGAAGUCGUGGGCUCAUCCUGGGAUAUCAUCUUUUUUCUUUGAUUUCUGUCUUCCCUUCUGGGCGGGAGUUUGGAAUAAUAAGGAGGCCUAGAAUCGAAAGUGGGAGAAAGAAGAAAAAAUAAAGGGUUGUUUUUUCGCGAACCGAAGCUGUUUCUAAAUUUCUUCUAGACCAAGUUGCUCGAUAUUUUGGACUUUUCUGUCUUCUCUUUUCUAAGAUGUCUACCGAGAAACAAGCACCCUUGAAUGGGGACGUGACAUCUGGCUCCGCCACGCGGGCAAUCUCACACGAGCGAAGUUCGUCGAAUGUUACUGAUUCAGAUAAAGGCCGUAAUUCGGAGUCAUCCCCUUUAGCACCCCCGGCACCCCCCAUUAGAACUUCGUCGAUACAACCAAUUGCCCCACGCUCCUCUGCAGACGAACCUUCAUCAUCUCCAUCAACACCUGUGCCUCCUCCAUCAACCUCGACUGCUGGAACCGAGGUGCCGCCACCUGCUGCGCUGUCAACUGCUAACGCCUCCGCUUCUCAGAAGCGAAACUCGUUGCUCGCUGUCCCCACCCGGACGUCAUCAACAAAGCAGGCUGAGCAGUCACCAACCUCCACAAGCAGUACCGCUGUCACCGCGACCGGCGACAAUACGUCUACCACCAGUCGUAAGGGAAGGCGGAGAAGAGAGGCGGGGAGUAAUGGGAGUAGUUUGAACUCUGGUGAAGAAGGACGUCCUCGCAAACAGGCUGGCGGUUUGGGGAAGUUUUUCGGAUUUUUAUGCUGCCGAAGUGGCGCAUCUGCGGAGGAAAUGCAACCCGGUCCACGCAGGACUAAUAAGAGGCCUGGAUCUGCAUCUUCCCGCAAAGCAACUCCUGUCGGGAAAGAGCAUGCACUUAAAACUUCAAAAGAUAGCGGUGUUGCCGAAUCUAGGGAUGCAGCGGAUGCUGGGAAGCCUGGGGAUGAUGGCAAUACAAUCCGUUCCGAGACCACCAAGGGGGACCCGACAUCUGCCGCAUCUGUUGCGUUAAGCUCCGGAUCCGAGGAUGAGGAUAAGAUAAAGCGGGUGGAUGGUGAAGUUCUUGUUGGGGAGAAGAUUGUUGUAAAAGAUGACUCCACUGCCAAAGAAGGGGCGGGGGCGGGGCAAAACAGUUCCUUGUUGUCCGGUAGCACACCAACUGUCACCAUACAGGCGCCUACACCAACGGCGCCCCAAACCGAAAAAGACGAGCCCGAUUUUACUACUUCCGACCCCCAGUCGUCGAAGGAGGCCGGCACCUCGACUUCAGAGGAUAUUGAGAUGCGCGAUGCAGAUGGUGAAGAUUAUGACGCUACCGGAAAGAAGGGCUCGGAGCUCAAGAUUCAGUUGCCACUUCCUCCACAUUCCGAGGAAUCUGGUCGGGAUAGUGAGAGUGAUGACACACAGCAGAGGAGCUCGGAUGGAGGUUAUCCCCACGACCCCCGCGAUGCCGCGUUAAUACGUACACCGUCGCUGGACGAGAGGCAGCAGUGGUUGCUACCUCCGCUAGCUCCCAGAUUCGAGGGAAAGAAGUGCUUGGUACUGGACUUGGACGAGACCCUGGUACAUAGUAGCUUCAAGGUCUUGCACCAAGCCGAUUUUACUAUUCCUGUAGACAUCGAGGGGAGUUUUCACAAUGUCUAUGUUAUUAAGAGACCCGGUGUAGAUGAGUUCAUGAAGAGAGUUGGUGAACUAUACGAGGUCGUUGUAUUUACAGCUUCUGUCUCGAAGUAUGGCGAUCCGUUACUAGAUCAGCUAGAUAUCCAUCACGUCGUCCAUCAUCGCCUUUUCAGGGAUAGUUGCUUCAACAACCAGGGAAAUUAUGUGAAGGAUCUAUCCCAACUUGGCCGGGACCUUAAGGAUACUAUCAUCAUCGACAACUCCCCUACAAGUUACAUCUUCCACCCACAACACGCCGUGCCUAUUAGCAGUUGGUUUUCCGAUGCUCACGACAACGAGUUAUUAGAUCUCAUCCCCGUUCUAGAGGAUCUGUCGACACAAGACGUUCGGGAUGUAACGCUGGUCCUGGACGUAUCCCUGUGACGAUCCGUAUAGGUGGCUCCUUGUGGUGGCUUUCGAUGUUAUGGUGGAUUUGCUUUUCUUGGUCUUUCUAUUUUGAAAAUGGGGUUUCUUGCAUCAACACAUGGUGAGAUGCCGAUAAUUACGGCUGUACAACUGCGUGCAUAAUUUUUGGGGAGUAUGUGAUUGAAAAAGCGCAAUCAUUGGAUGGAGCAGCUGCGGUAGGAUGUCUACUCAUACAAAAAUGCUGGUCGAUGGGAAAUGCUGUUGGGAUCAGGAACUGAGGCGAGAUUCCUUGGAACGUGAUCUAAGGCCUUUUAUUCCUUGCCACUGGCUUAUUGUCCAGUAUAUCUUUUUUUAUGUUCUCGUUUUUGUCUUUUUUCCCUGAUAUUCCACGCCCAUGGGCGUUGAAUCUCAUUCAGCUGGCUACUGCCGUGUUUCUUUUGUAAUGCUUCUCGCACACUACCCCUCUCCUAUUAUCUUAUUGUUAACUCUGCAUACUGUAUAUGCUGUUUUUUAUAUCCUCCUUUCUUUUUUGUUCUCAUCUUCCGCCUCCAUUAUUUUUUCCUCCCUUUUAUUUUCUGCUGAUUCAUUCUCGAACAUGCUUCAGGAGUCUUUAUUUUGCGCAAAAAAUCUUUCGUGUAUCUGGGGUCAGCGAUCUUUUGAUAUUAUCUCGUUUUUUCUUUUUCUUUUUCUUUUUCUCUUCUCAUUUUCAUUUCUUCGUCUUCACUUUCCCUUUGUAAAGCCCCAAUCAUAGUAGCUUUAUUCUUGUGACUCUAUUACUGAACCCUUUCUUUCUUUAGUACCUGCUGCUCUUCUCGGCAUUCUCUCUUUUUCUCUCCUCUAUUGCUUAGCGGUGGGACUGGUAUGCGGGGAAAGCAUCAAUGGAAGCAGUUUU